AUGGGUGCUGCCACAUGCAUGCGCAAGCCUAUCAUGCAGAUUUGGAUCAGAGUAACUGUAGGAGAGUACCAAGGCGAGUGUGCCCAGUUGUGGAGGGAUAGCUGCCAUGAGGCAGAAGUUGUCCAAAAAAUUGGGCAAGAGAUAUUUAAUAAAUUGAAUUAUACAUUCUCGGUAGCUCCCAAUGGACUAGUUGGAAUAAAUUCCCGAGCUCAGAAGUUGAAGUCACUUUUAGCUGUAGAGUCAAAUGAUGUUCGCAUUAUAGGAAUUUGGGGUAUGGGAGGAAUGGGUAAAACAACUCUAGCGAGAGUUGUUUAUGGUAUGAUUUCCAAUCAACUUGAAGCUUGUAGUUUUAUUCCUAAUGUUAGGGAGAAUUCUGAGAAAGGUAGUGGAGUUCUCAUAACAACAACAGAAAGGAGUUUGUUGGUGACACCUGAAGUAAAUGAAAUAUAUGAGAUUGAAGCAUUGAAUAACAAAGAAGCUCUUCCACUUUUUAGUUUGAAAGCUUUUAAAAAAGACCAGCCUGACGUUGAUUAUGUGGAGCUAUCCCAAGCUUUUGUACAUUAUUCUCAUGGUCUUCCUUUAGCCCUUGAGAUUUUGGGUUCCCCUUUGUUUGAAAAAAGAAAAGAUAUAUUAGAAUAUCUUGAGCUUUUCCCUGAAAGUGGAUUUAGUGUUCUAAUUGAUAAAUCUAUCAUCAAAGUGUAUGAAAAUCAUUUGUGGAUGCAUGAUUUAUUACAAGAAAUGGGUCGGGAUAUAGUUCGUAAACAGUCCCUUAAAGCCCCUGGGAAGCGUAGCAAAUUAUGGUUGUAUGAAGAUAUUGACGAUGUGCUGACAAAUAACAUUGGAACAGGUGAAGUUCAAGCCAUGGUCCUAGAGUUAUCCUCUACAGAAGAUGUGGAUUGGCAUCCUGAAGCCUUCUCAAAGAUGCAAAAUCUAAAAUUGCUCAUAAUUGAUAGUAUUCAAUUCAAGCAUGGUCUCAAACAUCUUCCUAAUAACUUAAGAUUUCUUGAUUGGAGGAAGUACCCUUCAAAAUCUUUGCCAUCAAGUUUUGAGUCAACUAAGCUUGUUAAACUUUGCAUGAAUUACAGCUACAUCAAACGACUUUGGGAAGGAACAAAGUAUUUUGGGAAUUUGAAAUUCAUCGAUUUGAACAAGUCUCAAAAACUUAUUGAAACCCCAGACUUUAGUACUGUCCCAGUUCUUGAGAAAUUGGAUCUUGAAGGCUAUACAAAUUUAUGUACUGUUCAUCCAUCAAUCGGUUUUCUUGAAAGGCUUAUUAUUCUUAAUCUAAAAGGUUGCAAAAACCUUAUAAAUCUUCCAAAAAUUUUUGCAAUGAAGUCUCUUGAUAUUCUCACCUUUUCUGGUUGCUCAAAAGUACGAAGUACUCCAGAGUUUAGGGAAAACAUGGAACAUGUAUCAGAGCUUUACUUGGAUGGCACUGCUAUUACAAACUUACCCACAUCAAUUGGGAAUUUGACUGGUCUUGCUUCAUUGAGUGUAAGAGAUUGCAAAAAUCUUAUGUCUCUUCCUCACACCUUUUUCAAUAUGAAGUUGCUUGAAAAUCUCGAUCUUUCCGGAUGCAUAAAGCUUAGAGAAUUACUGGAGAACUUGGGGAUGACUAAAAGUGUAGAGGAACUUGAUGAGAGUGGAACUGCUACAGGACUUACGCUUUCUUCCUAUGAUAUGCCCAAUUCGAUGUGCAUGGUAUCAACUUCUCUAUCAAGUUUGACCUCUUUGACCAAAUUGGAUCUAAGGGAAUGCAUUCUCAAUGCAAUCCCAAAUGAUAUUUGUUGCUUAUCCUCUUUAAAAUAUUUAGAUCUAAGUGGAAAUAAUUUUGGUUGUCUUCCGAAAAGCAUAGCUCAACUAUCUUUUCUAAGAUCAUUGUGUGUGGAGAAUUGCACGAGUCUUCGAUCAUUGCCAAAGCUUCCAUUAAAUAUUGGUUAUAUUAAUGGAUAUGGUUGUACCUCACUGGAAACGGUAUCAGAUCUAUUGGAACCAAAUUCUUAA